UUUGAGCCCGCUUUGGUGUUCAGAGUUUAGCGUUGGAUGAAAUUCUUAUACGACGCGACGUAGCUGGUCUGUUUCUGCAUCUGUGUACGUUAGAGGGUGAAAAACACCCCGUCUCAGCCCUCGAGUCAGCGCGCGGUGUUCAGGAGUACGAAGAGAACCGAGGGUAGUUGACGAAGGGUGCGGAAGCAAACGGCGGGUGAACGGUGCUGCCACCUGCGCGGAGGGCGUGUCGCAAGCUCAAAACGAGCUUCAGUCCAACGCAGACUUUAGCCCUUGGCACACGACGCCGACCCCUGAUAGAUUGAAUAAAAAUUAGAAAAAAAGAAGAAUAUAAGGAAAAAAGGAAAGAACGAGCAAAAAAAAAUUCUUCGAACGUUCGAAGAGAGUCGAACGUCAUUUUUGCAAAUGAAGGAGGAAAUAUUGAACGGAGCUUUCUUUUAUUUUUAAUAUGAUACAAAUAUGAACGAAUCCUCCGGAUUAUAAAAUCUGUGCCUUAGAAUGUUUUCAUUGUUUGAAGAAUUGUUAAUUAGAGUGGGUUUAUCCGGUAGAGUGUUAUCAGAGGCGCGUGCCGAGCAUCGGCAAACGAUCGACGAUAAAAUCGUACGCGGAUGUGAUAACGAGAAAAGAAUGAUCUCGAUUGACGAGUUACUCGUUUGGAUUUUGAUAUAAACAAAGAUCCGGUGCCAAAUAUUGUUCAAUCAUGAAACUGAUCGGGCACUUUGAUCGGAAGUUUAUCAUUAACAUGGAUAUUAACGAGUCGAUUCGGUGAAAAUCGAGAUGAGUGCUUUUUUAUGUCAACAACGCGGAUACAGCAACAUAUGCAUAUCAAUGAGGUGGAAACCGAGUACGGAUCCCCUUCAAACUAAUAAUCUUCCUAGAAACUGCCAAAAUGUUCGUUAUAAGGGUCUACACGGACGGCUGUACACAGAUAAUGAAGUUGCUAAAAAGCUCUGUGUUUUUAUAUCACCAUGCCUCUGCCUUUGUUCAAGACGAAAGUCGUCGCGUAGAGCAAGAUCGUGCGAAUACGAGAAAAUCUUAAGAAAUAAUAGAUAUAAAAAUUAAAAAUAAGCAAAUGAAAAGAAAUGAAAUUAUUCAACGAAUUUUUGUCGAUGUCUUUUAACUCAAAACCCAGAAGAGGACCGCUUGAUUUUUAAACAAAUAGAAUAAACUAAAGUAUAAAAAAAUGUACACUUGUAAAUAUCUCCACAGAAAUGAUCGUUUGAAAAUUUCACAAUUAAAGUUGUGACACGAUUGCAAGAAAUCAUGUUUGUUCUGCGCGAGUUCAGCAGCAGUGACCUGAGAAAAAGGACAGCAAAAAUCAUCCCUCUAAUUAGUGCUGAAAAAUGUUAACGUUGUUUACUCAAAAGAAGAUGUUAGAAUGUGCGUCAUUUUUAAAUUCCGAAUAACAUAUCGCUAAUUCUACUACACAUAAGGCGAAGGAGCUGGUGAUGGCCCGUACCACGCGCCAACGACGAAAAAUGGCGAACUCGAGCGACGCUACAACGUCCACGACGACGUUUUCAACGUCCUCUACGACGACCUCCUCCUCCACGGAGAGUUACGCAUUCAACUACAGCGGCAUCGGUGACCUCGGCGGUUACUCCAUGGUUGAUUUGAAUUACACGGAACUGUGGGUAGACGCGUGGAACACCACGGAAUCCAGCAACAUCACCGAGAGACUGAACGCCACCGUACUCAUUAACGGAAGUUACUGCGACGAAUGGGAAUCCGCGCAGCAUAAACUUUUUCAGGCGGCGAACAUCUUCUUCGCGGCAGCCUUCCUGGUACCACGCUCUUUCAAGGCCUCCGUUCUGGCCUUGAGGACGCUCCUUACCGCUGGUUUUAUGCUCGCCGCACUCUGGGCAGGAAUCACGAUAUGCGCUUUGGACGCGAUGCUGUGGUGUCUAGCCCUCGGUCUCCUCAACGGGAUUCAUUCGCUGAUUCUCGCCUGUCGUUUUCUACCACCUGCGUUGAGUCCCGAACUCGCCGAGCUCUAUUUGAAACUUUUCAAACCGUACAGAGUCAGUAAAAAGCAUUUUCAAGAACUCGCCAAGGAAGCAAGAAUACUGAAACUGGAUCCGGGGCAAACGUACGCUACGGAAGGUGUCACGCCGGCCGACGAAAGACUGUCGAUACUCCUGCGCGGAAAAUUAACGGUGACUUGUGACAGUACUCACUUGCACUACGUGAGAGCUUACCAAUUCGUUGAUUCUCCGGAAUGGGAAGCGGCGCACCAAAACUUUGACGAUUCCUUCCAGGUCACGGUACGCGCCGAAGAAUCCAGCACCUAUAUUUGUUGGACCCGAAUAAAGUUAGUGCGAGUUUUGAGGCACAGGCCGUUGCUCAAGGUCGUCCUGAACAAUUUAAUAGGCAAGGAUAUCACCUCCAAGUUGUACGCUCUGAACGAACAACUCGCCGGCGUGGCGGCGGCCAGCGAGAACGCCUCCAAUAAUCCUUACCGAGGCGUCGCCAGGAGCCUGAGCGUAGACGCUGUGAAUACCGAGACGGCCGGUCGCGUUCGUUCUUCGACGUGGAAAAACCAGAGGAGGCACAGCAAUCCACGGAGCGACAGGAGCUCUCCGGCCCGACACUCUCAUCAAUACUGGGCACCGGUAGUAGCGAAUCAUUUCCCUCCGACCUCUCCGUUUAUUCAAGCCGUGACGCCGAACGUCGCUUACUCCCUGCUGCCCCACGGGACUCAGUUUUCGCCACCGCCUCGGGUUCCCACCAUAACGCAUCCCCCGUUGACGAAACAACGCAGCGGAGGAACCAGCGGCGACUACAGUUUGCUGCCGCAGACUCCGAAGUUGGAGAGAAAGAGGUCGAAAAAAGGGACUCGCGAGGUGACCUUCGAAACGCCGGUAUGACGGUCGCUCGACGACGGGGAAGGUCCUGCCAGUGUUCCGCUCCUACCGAUUUCGCCACAGCGUAACGCGUAGCCCCGUCCGUCGACGUAACGCGCGAAGAUAAUCGUCCCAGGAUUAAAGUCCGGCUGAAGUUAAGGUUGAUGAUAUAUAUUUAAAUUAUUAUAAAUUAUCCGAAAACUAAUUAAUCCGAGACAAAGAGACCCACCCGAGCCUAAAAUGGUGAUACAUGACUGCGUACAAUGUGCGGAUUAUCAAAACGAACACGGUGAAAAGUGACGAUUAAAAUAAGGGAGAACAAAAAAUAUUCGUAUGGACAACGAUUUUAAUUCGUGCGAUCGGGUAUUAUCGUACGUGAAAUGAAAAAUUUAAUCAACGGAAGAGUGGAACUUUGAAACUGACGAGGUACAAUAAGAUACGUCGCCUCAUUUUAUAAACGAAACAAUUACCCCGUUGAUGAAAAAAAAAUAAAUAAAUAACACCAUUCGACGUGUCGGAGUAACCGAAUCGAAAGCCUAAAAUUAUUCUAAAAGCAUCGAUGUUGAAUCAAUGAAAACUAUAUGAUUAUCAGACCUCGAAUCGCAAUACAUACUUCGUAACCCUAAUAAAUAUAAAUCGAAAGGAAGUUCAGACGAAUGGGACAAUAUUAUCGGCGGUAUAUUAGGAGAGAGAUAAAAGUAAAAAUUGUACAUUAUUCGAGCAAAAGAAAAAGACCUGAAAUAAAAAUUGAUUAGUAAAAAUUGUCCAUUGUACCAUAUACGAACCCAGUAGGCGGAGAGAGCAGCAGAGGGUCGAAUUUUAAUCAACGGAAAGACCUUUGCAUAGUGAGUAUGAUAAAAAAGAUUAUCGAUCCUAAUAAUUUAACGCGCGGGGAAUGCAACUAUAUGUUUGAUAUAAUAACACACGAGUAAGAAAAGUAAUUUUCCUCCGCCGCUGAUAAAAUUGCUCGGAAGUCAGCAUAUUAUUAUUAUUAUUCUUAUCAUUGUCAUCGCUAUAUAGUUUGUAUAAAUUGACACAAAUUUCGUCGUUAUUUAUCAGAGACUGCAGUUUCAUAGAAUCAAAAUAUUAUACACCCAUAAUAUAAUAUAAACACACGAAUAAAAUUUUCAUUUAACAUAUUCCGUAUGUUACGUAUUUCCACAGUGCUAAAACGAACUAACGAAUAACAUAAAAUGGAUGAAUAAACAAUGGAAGGAAUCGAAGAAAAAAAACCAAAGAUCGCUCGCGUGCCAAUUGGUGGGAGUCACGUCUGUGUACUUAGAAAAUGCAACUCGCACGAAAUUGAGUGUAAUAAAUCAAGUUUGGCGGUGAAACUAAUAAAAUUAAUCAACCCGUUUCAUCUAACGAUUAAUUUUCUCGGUGUUAAAAAUUCAAAGACCCGCCACUGGACGAUGUUAAUUGAGAAAAAAAUAAAAUAAUUAGAAUAAUAAUAAUAAUGAAUCCUCUAUCUAUCGACGAACGCUAGAAAAAAGUGUUUAUGAAUAAUAAUUGUGAUAUGUUAUUUAAUGAAUAGUUUUUAAUUGGAUUGAAGAAAACCCGAAACUGAUGACAAGAUUUCGAGAAGAAAAGUAUAUGUAUAUAUACAUACAAAAGUAAUAGAAGUAACGAUAUAAGAAAUAAAUAAAAAAUAUCUCCCCACGAAAUAAACCUCAGAAUGAUAACGCAAUAAGUGCUUCGUAAAUAAAAAAAAAAAAAAAACCUGCAAUAAAGUGCUUCGAGAAAAAUUAGUAGUUGAUCAUCAUUAUAUAUAUAUACUUAUGUAAAAACAUAUAUUAAGAAAAAGAAAAAGAAAAAAAAAAAAUUAAUAAAUAAAUAAAUGACAAAAAAAAAAAAAAAUUAAAAUUACAAAAGAAGUAAAUCCGUACGUAGGUACUUAUUAUAUGGAGAAAAGAGAGAGAGCGGAUAAAAAAUGAUAGGGGUUUAACGUGAAAAUAUUGUACGUACACCAAGACUACGAACUAGGGAAAAGUUAUUUCAUAAGAUAAUUGUGAGGCGAAAGCCGGAAAAGAAUAGAAAGAAAAAGUUUAAAAAGUCGAAGAAGUUGGAGAUGAGAAAAAUAAAAACGACGCGGAAACUGGAUCGUAAUAUGCGUAGUAAUGAUGUAACGUCGCUUACAUGGGAUAUUUGAAAAUCGUAAUAAACGUCAAAUGUCACGCGAAUGAGAGGGUGCUUGUUUUAAAAAAUAUCGGCACGUUAGAACGAUAAGUUUAGGGCACAUUCACCUGAAAAUGACAAAUUUUCAAAACACUCCCGAAGAAAAUAAUUCGAAUGCCUUUUUUUCAGCAGGAAAUUAUUCUUGUCGAUCGGUGGAAAAAUUGAAAAACUACUCGAAUUGAAAAAGCGGUUCGGACGGGAUACCGACGUGAUACUUUGCUUUCGAAAUUGUAACGUAAGAUCGUACAACGAUCGCAAGAAUAUGAGCUUCUUGCAAUUUCUUCCAAAUCGGUCAGGAGUAGACGUAAUAAUUUCUUUUAGAAGACGAUCGAGUAAUUUUUUCAGAUGGUGUGUGUAUCGAAUCGCUGCAGGAAUGAAAACAAAAAAAAAAAAGAAAAAAACGCUUUCACGACCUGUCACCAAAAUCGCAUUCAUGUCGGAUACGAUCUUAAUGAUUAGGCACGCGAUAUAUCAUUACAAGUACAUAACGUAGGUAUAUAUAUAUAUAUAAUACACGUAGAGCAUCAUGUGUGUUCGUAUGUUUCUAUGUUUAUAUAACCCCGUGUGUUGUGCGAAUGAAAUAUACUUGUGAUACCAUCAUACACAUACCAUAAAAUUAAUAAUAUAAUAGCUGCCGGGAAUUAGUUGAAUAAAAUUGGAAGAGUUAAAAUUUUGCAGAAUCAAACGCACAAGCCGAACGAAAGACAAACCAAAGAAGAAAGAUAAAGAUAAAUCUAAUAAAGUACCUACCUACCUACCAAUCGACUCGUUCACCAGCUAAUUGUGUAAAAUAUAAAUGAAAAUCUAAAAAAAAAAAAACUAAAAAACUAACAAUCGCAAACAACAUGCGGCAGCAUCGUUGAAUAAAAAUUCACCGUUGCUCGUUCGUCGCUGCAAUUGCAGAGGCUGCGUGACGUAUAAUGAUAAGUAUGUAAUGUAAAAUAGAUCAUAUUGAAUAUACGUUAAUUACUUUGAGAGUGUGAAUCCGAUGAAUUUUCCUCAAAUUCGUUUCGAUCUUAAGAAAAAUGUGCUCUUCUUCACGUGAAAAUAUUCAUCUCCAUAUUCAUAAUUUUCCCCCCUUAAUUUAUUUCGUGUAAUGAAAAAAAAAGGAGUACGGCCAUUCUGCGAUCUAUACUUACGCAAAACAUAAAUUUCUGCCUCGAAAAAAAAAAAAAAAACUCAUAACUCCCUAUCGGUUGAUUUGUUGCGGGUACGCGUUUAAAUCUUUUCAAUUUUGUAUAUAAUUUUUCUCCUCCAGCUCCCGCAGACGCGCCAAGAAAUGCGCCCGGAAUCUCGUACAGUACGUAAUAAUAUAUUAUGUCUAUAAUACAUACAGAUACCAAAGCUUUUACAUACGUGUAGCCUCCGGUGAAUAAAACUUCAUGCCGAUUGACUGACUGAAUGUCUGGAAUUUAUAUGCAAAGGCCACGAACCGUUUCCCCCGUAAUUCAGAAUUUUCAGGGAACAUGAAAUAUUCAAAGUAUACAGGUCAUCGUCCCGCACACAGUCAUAUCUAAAUCAAUAGAAAACCCGCGGUACAACUCCUCAAUUUUCUUAAAUAUUUUCCACGUUAUUCGAGGCACCAGUUUUCUUUUUUUUUUUUUUUCCAAUACGUGAGAAACCUAUUCAUACCCUCGGUGCUGAUGAGUCGAGGUAAUUUUGCGAUUAACGCGUAAGUGUACCGAGGUGGACAAUAACUGAAAAGCAAAAGGGAAAUAAUUGAACGUUCGUUUUACACACUCUGGGGUUUUGAAAAUAAACUUUCAGAAAUUAAAUUACACAGCAAUGCAUGCAAAUUCAUGGAUAAAACGUACAUAUGGUCGAGCAUAACUGAAUUGUAAUGCAGAUACCCACCCACCUGGUAGACCGCAUAACGCGAUAAGGAUAAUUACAAAUAAUUGCAACAUGUUCUCGCAUACCUUCAAGUGACUCGUGAUUUUCCGCUGACUUAUCGACUCGUGAUACCGUUUGCAAAAAAGUAAGAAAUUUUUUCCGACGUGCUCGAAAAAAUUUUCUCUCCGUGCACAAUAGUCAAGGGGUAAUGACGGAAAAGAGUAAAAAAAUGAAACCGAGCAACGAUUCGAAUCAGAUUCCUCAAAUUUAUACUCCACAAUAUGGUCGACCUCGCGUUUUUUAUGUAUCGCCUAAAAUCUUGACCGAAAAAUUCACGGCCCCCAUAUUUAGCGAUAUUAUACUUCGGUGACGGUUGGUUAUAUUUCGCUAAUUUAUUCGCUAGCCACGGAUCGAACUCAGGAGUACAAGGCUGACGUGGAUGGAGCGAACAUACGAUACCUGUACGAUGGCUUUACGUGUGCACGGGCAGGUAUUACAUUUAUACACGUACAACCCUUACAGAUGUAAUCAUUCCGGUGAAUAAUACGCUGGCACGACCCUCCGAUAUGCGUUCUAUAGCUCGCUCCACAUUCGACCGCCCUGCGAACUGCAAAUGGUACGUGCCUAAAUGUCGGUACGUUGCAUAGUUGAACGCAUAAAACUAUGUAAACUAUGACCUCGUAAAAAUCCCCGCCAACGCAUCGCGAUUUAUCACACGGUGUCAUCGUCGUAGCAGAAAAUCAUCGAUGAUAUGCAGUAUCCAUUUUGGCACUGGUUACGUUCCAUUCGACCGAUGAUUGAAAAAUGAAAAAUCGGAUCAAAAAGUCGAACAAUCGCAAUGAGUUCGCAGACUCGAUGUUAUUUCCAUUAGUUUUUACAAAAAAUGUGAAAAAUUGGGUCGCACGAAAAUUAACAUGGAUAUUGGAUGAUCUUCACGCGACGUACAAUUUCCUUGCAAAUGAUUUUUUUUUUCCGUUUGCUUUUCAGGGGUGAUUCGUGUAUCAGGAUUUAUUUUUCACUGGGAAUUACUCGCAAGCCUGCGAGGCUUUCAACGUAUGGGGUAGUCCGAGGGAAAACAAACAAAAAAAAAAAAUUAGAGUGAAUUUGAAAAUGUGCACAAAAGCUGAACG